CUAGCUUUCUAACUGAGCUCGGUGUUUGGUGUCAGUAAGCAGAGCGAUGCUCGCCGUCUGAGAGACGGGGUUUAAAUCAAACGGAGCCCCCCUGGUACACAGACUUGUGAUUGGCACCAGGCAAUAACAAGAAACAUGGUGACCAAGAAAGUGAGGACAGAAUAUAUGAAGAAGUUCAGGGACCCCAAAUGGGAGACGUUUUCUAAAUGCUAUGAGGACUCUGUGAAGUACCGUCUGACUCGCCGGGUGAUAGAACAUUCCCACAAGCCCUGGUUCUGGGAGGGCUGGGACAGCGGCUCUGACUCCAGCGGCUGGUCAACACCAAGGCUGACCAGGAACAAAGUGGUUCCUCUGUCUCUCCCGCUGCCGCCCACAUCCUUGGAGGUCAAGCAGAGGUUGUUGGAGUCGAAGACCAGUCCUGUGCAAAAGCCACCGUGCGAGGAUGGAGAGACUGACGUGGGGGACCGGGACGCUGCGGUUGUAGAUGCGGCACAAACCACAGCAGCAGUUGUAGAAAAUGGUGUGAAUGAGGCCGGUGGCAGUUCUGUGGCGGUGGCUCCAACAAACAGCGCACCCUCAGACGACACACCGACAGACAACGGGCCAGCCGACUCGGCGUCUUCUGAUGGGGAGCCAGUAAACCCAGUACCCCGACGGCUACGCCGCCGCCACACGCCACGCUCUGAGCAGCCGCACAGAGACAGUUCCCAGGAUGACAAACCAGCUGUGAUCCGUAAACCGCCGAGAGCAAAGAGCACGCCGGUGAUCAGCACCAAGGAGAAGGAGAACCAGAGACCGUCCAGCCGGCUGGACUGGAGCGAGAGACAGAUGGAGGUCAAGAGGACAACCAAUGAUAGUCACACUUCUGAUGCCUGCGUUCAGACCCGCAGGGAGUCUGACAAGCGGAGCUCCAGGCCGGACCGCCGGCGGGCUCGAUCGGCUGACCUGGAGAAGAUAAGACGCUCGCAGCUGAUGGUGGUGGACGACCGCUGGAUGACAGAGUACAUGCGCUGUUUCUCCGCCCGGCUUAGGUAGAGAUGGGCUCCACCUAGAAUCCCUAAAUACCAAGUUUCCUUACGUGCAAAUAUCAGGAGGAAAUCACGUAUCAUUUUAAUUAAUAAUACAGAGAGAGAACCGUGUUGCCACAAGCAAACACCGCUCACUGCGUUGUCUCCUUAGUUGACAGAGAAAUAACAAAUAAAGUGAAGAAGUGGGAAGAGCUACUGAUUUAGAUCCAGUUGAUAAAGUUCUAAAUAGUUUAUGAACAUCAAGUUUACAAUUUUAUCUUUCUGUACAUGGGUAAUUACAAAAAGUACCUUUAAAUAUUUUAUAAUAAAGAUCAGAGAUUAGAAUCUUUUAACAGAUUUGGGACUAUUUUUACAUAUAUCUUUGGGAUUUCAGUAAUGAAAUGACACGAAACAAAUCUAAUUAACUUAAAAUUAAUGUAAUUCCCUUCUCUCUGGGAUCUUAGAUAACUUCUCUCAGUUACUGGGUGAAUUAGCGCGUCAGCCAGGAGGGUGUCACUCCUCAUAUGAGAAAGGAACAGUGUUACACGAGUGUGUCUGAUCAUUGAGCAGCAGUUAUCAGCUAGACUGCAGCGUCCUUUGGAAGAUGUUUGAUGUAAGAUGUGCGCUUACAUCAGCGUUUAUCUGCAUUCACAACCUUGCUGCUUUGGCUUCCUGAUGGAGACAAAAAGCUCUUAAAAGCAACUGUAGCAGAGGACGGACACAGCUCGCAGUUGUUAAUGCGCCCCCAAGUGGUCAGAAGCUGCAGCUUUAAGCGCUAAAAUGCUCCAACGCUCUUUUUUUAAUUCAAAAUAUUUUUAUUGAGUAUUUGUGGAUAUAGUUUACAAAGAAAAAAAAGAAGACGGAAAACACAAACUGUUUACAAUGAAUACAAAACAGAACUUCUCAUGUUGGAACAUUUUCCCCCCUUAUUAUUUACCAAACAAGCAACGAGAAAAAAGAAAAAAAAACAAAAAGAGAGAAAAUAAACGAACCCCCCACUCCUCCCCCCCCCCCAACAAAAUAACAAAAGCCACAACCCGGGAGGGAUUAUGAUAUUAACUAGCCCUUUCCAUAAGAAACACACAGAAGUUAGCUACACCAUCACUGAGCUUCACGUUCCCGUUAAGACAGACAGACAUCCGACCACUAUGGAGAAGCAAAUCCGUUAGUCAGCUGGAACAUCCUUAAGUUGAAGUUUAGAGAAGUUUUCCAGAAAGAGACCCCAAAUUUUAUCAAAUGUGCCCUUUUGGUUCUGGAUGGAGCAGUGGAUCUUUUCCAGACUGAGACACGACAUGAGAUCAGCAAGCCACCGAACAUGGGAGGGCGGGGUUGAGAGCUAGUUUCAGGCCGGUAGCCUUGUUCAAAGUGCAGAAAACCUCCCAAAAAUUUGCCAGGGCAGGGCAGGUCCACCAAUGCUCUUUUUAGUUAAUUUCAUCUAUGCAAUAGGUGUGCAGAACAUUUAUUAUGACUUGUAUGGUAUAGCCUUUCCCACGUCUUCACUUGAUGUCAAAUUACACGGGAUUAUUUAUGAUAAACUAACGAGACAACAGGAACAGUGUUUUUUUGCUCCAGUAUCCUGUCAGAGCGAAUCGCUACUGUCGAGAGAGAAAGAAAAAUACUAUCCUUAAAUUUCAGACUAAAGCCCAUUUAUGCAAAAGUUAUUAACCAUCACCUUUCUUUAAUUUUCUUUUUUUGUUGUUGGCUUUCCCUACGACAGUAACGAUUGGAUCUGCAGGAACAGUUCAGAUUUCUGUUUCUGAACACUUUCAGAUGAAAUUGACUGAACUGUGUUUCUCUGGUGUUGUUUUUUGUAUGAGAAUGAACAAUAAAAAUAACUCUUUCUUAGAUUUUCUAUACAUAUAUCUACAAAAAAACAAAAAAACACAUCCACGUCACUUUUGAAUGUAUUUAGUUUCUCAGCAUGAAAGAAAGCUCAACUGCUCUGCUUUCAUUUAGAGCUCAUUUCCAACACAAAUUCUGGUUUUCAGUUCUCUCUCAUGAAGCCAGCUGUGUAUUUACACCUCAGAGAGUUUGAUCGGAGAAAGGCCCAAACUGGAAUUUUUGAUAUCUGUGUAUUUUGGAUAUGAGGAGUUGAGCUUAGAUUAAAAGAAGUUAGAAACACAUGAUAUGCCAAAUAAAGCUCAAAUCUAAGGUAUUUUUACAGAAAAGGUUAGUAUAUUAAAUUGUAAUCAUUGUAAUAGAUCUAAAUAGAUCAGGUAACUGUUAAGCAUACAGUAUAUUUAUUGCAGAGUGUAGUUGGUGUGUUUUCACUUUGGGCAGCUUUUUUUUUUUUAAAUUGACUUUUAAUCAGAAAUAACCUGCAAUUUUGACACAGUGUGUAGUGAAUACUCCACAGGAAAAAACCUUUUAGGGUAAUUACGCAAAACUAGAUGCUUCUAAAACUUUUAAGUGAAAUAAGGAGCAGUCAUUAAAAAGUAUCGCUGUACUGUUGUCACUCUUAUUCUUUUAAAGACAGCCAGAACGUAUCAGAAUUCCAGUUUAAAUCCAGGCGUUUCUGCAGCGUCCUGGUCCACCAGGGCUGAAACAGAGACCUACAUGUUUCCAUCAGCGUGAAGAAAAGCGCACGUGUUAAAGCGUUCUGAGUUUGUGGCGUCUGUUAUCUGUUGAUUUUAACUCAAGAUUGUAAAUACACUGUGAGGUCAUGGCUGUGUCUCAUGACUCAAACUGAGGGCUAAUCGUCAUUAUGUACCAAGUUUACAGUUUUACACUCAAAUUCACUGAGAAUGCUUGUCGUUUUCACACCAACCGAACCUCUUCACUCUGAAUGUUCACAGCUCUUCGUGUUUGUCCUGACACCACAGGAAGACUCUAGUAUUUUCUAACAGUCCAACUUUAAAAACCAGUGUUUGUGCUGUAGGUGGUGACGGAGAUGUCCACACACUUUACUGAAGUAAAAGCACUAAUGGUUAAAAAAAAAAAGACUCAGUCGUGACUAAAUGUUUUGUUGUGUAAGAGUAGCAAGUAUGGUUUUGCAAUUAAUAUGUUUGUCAAUUGACUAAUUCUGUUAGAGCUGUGAGAAAAUCUAGUAUGAGUGCACAGGGUUCAAAUAUCAGAGUUCAGAAAGUUGUAAAGCUUCAUCCAUGUGCUCAAAACAUGUUUUAUCUAAAGUACAUGAGCAUUUGUUUCUGCGUUGCUUCAACCUGAAUGUGUUCUCAUUGUCGGUCAACGUGAACAGUUAACAUCAUUUUCAGCAUCACUGUCAACUGCAGCUAUCAAAUAUAACAUGAGGCAUAAUGUGAUGUUGUUAAAACUGAGGGUCCGUGCAGUGGAUUCACUCAGAAACCGAGUGAUUGUAAACACAGCUGUUAAAGACCUCAGAGUGAGAGUGGGUAAACAUACCUGUAGAGCUGCCGUGGAUGCAAAGGUCACGCUUUGGUUAUUUAUCUUCAUAACGCAUUUGAAACGUAUGAAUGUCGAGACAAUCACUAGAAAUGAUUUGAGGUGAUUUGAAAGUGAAAAAAACCUAAAUAUGUAACACAUAAGAUAAGCUGUCAUAUAGAGUGGACGUAGGUGGACUUGGUGUAGCAGAAAAUGUUGCUUUCUUGUGUGGUUUACCAGCAACAGAUAAGAAGAAAUGUGUAUCAUAUGUCUGAGUAUUUAAUCCUGUUGGCAUAUUUUGCCCACUGUAUUUGUAUUUAAAAACAUGCACAGGUUAUAUUUUCAUUCACUUUAAUGCAUUGCUGUGAAUAAAUUAUUUGAAUAAAAUCUGAUUUGAAGAGUU